AAGAAUUAUUUCCGUGACAGGAUGUUUACUCUAAUCAAGGGUUGAACGAUAAUACUAAUAAUAAUAGUUGUUGCCAGUUUGUGUUAAUCUUAAACAAUAAACAAAAAGCUACCUUUCCGACCAACUGGACCACACUUAAUACCGAGUGCGGGCGCUCGUUCCCGUUCAGGACUGCAUAUUCCACCUUAAAAACGCCUCUCGAGUAAAACUUUUCGCUCUAACUCCCUCGUUCCACCUUAAGCGCAAACGCAAACGCAGGAGGCGUACAGCGAGGUUUCCGCUUCUCAGUAGGGCUCGGACCGCGGCUCACGAAAAUCACCGUGUGUAACGCACAAGGUUGACGCACUGAGGCACGAAAAAAAAAACGGGGAAAAAAGAGAGCAAAGCAAGCGAGCAGAAAAGAUGUCUGAAUCCAAGUACCGCGAGUGGAUUCUGGACACUAUCGACUCGCUGCGGUCUCGAAAAGCCCGGCCGGACUUGGAGAGGAUUUGCCGAAUGGUCCGGAGACGACACGGGUCCGAGCCCGACCGAACCUGCGCAGAACUGGAAAAACUGAUCCAAGAACAGACCGUGCUGAAAGUUAACUACAAGGGCUCCAUUUCGUACCGAAACGCCGCCAAGGUUCAGCGGAGAAGCAGAAAAAAAGAAGAUGUGUCGUUAACAGCGGCUGCGAGAAGGAGCGCCGUGGAAGAAGCUAGUCACUCCGACUUGAGCAACGGGGACAGCGCUUUCGGUCCCGCUGACCAGGACGAGGAGGAUUUGGAGGCUGACACCUCUAUAGCUAUGGACACAGACAGCAAUGCAGACGAGGAGGGGGGCGAUGAGAGCCGGGAUGGGCAGGAAAGACCCUCACCCAGCCACACACAUGAAGAUGCCACUGUGCACUGUGCCCCCGUGCGAGCUGUCUCUGCUCCCUGCUCUCCCUCUGGCGCUAGGCCCGGCCCCGGGUGCAGCCCUGGCUCCGCUCUGGACUGUGCCUCUUUCCAGAAGGCUGGUGAGAGGCCCAACUCCUUGCCCCCCUCCAGCCCCAGGGCCCUUGCACACAAUGACUGGGCUUAUGAUUCUGCCGUCUGCCCAGCAGAGCGCCAGCACCCAGGAAUGCAGAGAGACAAAGCAGUAUUCAUGAAGCCAGCGGCCCAGUCUGUAGCUCCUGCCCCCUGCGCUGUAAACAACGUAAAGAAAGAUGAUGGAAGCAAGGUGGAGGACAGAAGCGUCUCGUCUGACCAGUUGGUGCCAGACUCAGCAGCACGGCCGGAUGAGACCAGGAAUGCUUCUAAUGGGAGAUCACAAACACUGCCUUUGCUAUCUGACAACUGCACAUUUAAGAAGGCAGACACAUCAUCCUUAACAGCAACUGAUGACAAUCUUCUGAAUGGUGGUAAAGUGGAUGACGUGUCUGUGAAGAAGGAGAAGAUGAGCCAGAACUUGUUGCAGUGGACUGUGGCAGAUGUGGCCAGUUAUUUCUCAGCUGCAGGAUUUCCCGAGCAGGCUGUCGCUUUUCGAACACAGGAAAUUGAUGGGAAGUCUCUUCUUUUGAUGCAGCGUAGUGACGUAUUGACCGGGCUGUCCAUCCGACUCGGCCCUGCCCUCAAAAUCUACGAGCGCCAUGUAAAAGUGCUGCAGAGGACCCAUUUCCUGGAAUGCGAAGACCUUUGAAGUGGCGAUUGACAUGGCAGACUGCUGCAUUGACUCAAACUUCCAUUUAGCGCCCCCUCUCACUACUGCCCACUUUCAUAUACAGUAUGUGUAGAGGGUGUGUGGUGGAGGGUUUCGGUGGAAUUGACUUUCACUGUGAGAAUGACCAGAAACUGAAACACAGUCGUCCUACCUCUCAUUACGGUCUUUAGUUUUCAGAUGGUUUUCAUUUCACUCAUUGCAACCCCGUUAUGGAGGGAAGAGACCGCUGCAUUCCGAGUGUUUUAAAGCGGUGCAGCAGCAACCUUUCUGCAGAGUAAAACACUGGGAAAGUGAAAAGUUUAAGCCUUCCAACCAAGUGGACCACCUACACAGACAUGGCUGUGGACACAGUGCUGUCGCAGCUUUGGAUGUCCCCUCUGUGUCUGUUACCACACAUUCUGUUUACCCAGAAACUGUUAAUCACAGAAAACAAAGCACAGCAAUUGUGCAGUUUGCUUUUUUUCCCCCUUUAAUUUCUUUUUAUUUCAUGUGAUGAGUGCUGGAGAAGUCAGACUAUCCAAGUACCUGCAUUAUUAGGGCUGCCCUUUAUAUCUUGUUUUUCUUUGAAGCCUUGGUAAUCAGCAGUGAAUAGUUGACAAUUUUAUAACUAAAGCAUCAUCUGACAGGUGCUGUGCAGAGAGAAUGAACAGCAGGACAACAAUGGGAGCUAGAGCUCCAUUGCAAACCAGUACUUUUCAUAGUUUUUUUUUUUACUUGCUAAAUAGGUAUGAAAGUCACUAAUUAGCAGCAGUGAGGUGAACUAAAGCAUGACAAUCACUGCUGAGAGUCAGAUGCUGUGCACUCAAGCUCAGAUCUUAUGGGUUUGUGUUUUUUCCACAUUGAGAAAGAAAAAAGUUCCACCUACACGAUGAAUAAAUAUCCGAGUAUUUGGGUGCAGCCCUAAUCUGCAGAGUCUGAUUCCUAACCUAUCAUUGCCACCAGUAGCUGCUGUUUUGGAUUAUUUCUUCAGUACCUUUUAUAACACUGAGGCCCUUUUCAGACAUGGGAUAUGUGACAUUGGUGUCUAAGCGACUGCACUGUCAUUCAAACGUAAGCCACUUUCCUGUUAAUAUUCCUCUCGAUUUCAUUCAGACACACCCGCAGCAGUGAGGGAGGCCCGCGGCACACGUGCAUCGCAGAGGAAUGUUUUACUGCGAAUCAGGUCCGGAACAAAGUGUCAAUGUCUAUUUGUUAUUGCUCUUUAGGGCAUUCUCUAGUGCAUGUCUGAAAGGGGCUGGAGAUAUAACCAACACUUGAGCUGAUAUGCUACAACCUGAGGGUUUUUGUUUUUUUUUUUUGUUGGUUUUUUUUCUCCUUGUAUUGUCUUAAUUAAAAAUGACUGUGGUCCAACAAUACAGUUGCACUUUGGGGAACGAUUGCAAAUAGAUGUGACCAGAAUAUGUGCAACCUAAAGGAACUUGCUUUUACACAUACACAAAAUAAACCUGCAAGAAAUGUUGUUGUAAUACUGAAUAUAUUGUGAGACAUUCAACGGAGCUGCUCAGAAUCUGUUUACAAACAGAUAUCUCGAUGAAAUGCAAUAUUUUAUCUUCUCUUAUUCCUUUAUAAUUUUGUCUCGUCUCUCUUUGUGUUUUGAUCUAAGCCAGCCACUUGAAUUGUAACAUUCCACAUAAUGUAGUCUGCAUCUCCAGUGUAUUUCCCUCCACAUUUUAUCUGUAACACAACAGACACUUUU